AACUGUUUGUCCAUGCCUUGAGAGGUUGCAAGCACCUUGCCUGGUCCAGCACUUGCUCAUGUAUCUGGCGAGUGGCUCUUGCCUGGUUGAUUGCCAGACUGCCAGAUGAUUGCUUAUCCGGCCCUUCUGAGGAUCCGGAUUCCCCGAAUUGCAGCCACAGCCGCCCGCACCUUCCGCCCAACAGUUCUCACACGGCCUUACAGCAUGGAACCCGCUCUCCAAAGCCCGCUCUUCACCCGCCAGGUUGUGCAGGCCAUGCGGUCCCUCUACCCCGAGGAGCUGGCUGACCGCGCCUGGGACAAUGUGGGCUUGCUGCAGGAGAACAUCGAGCCUGCCAGGGGCGGCGUUCCCCCGCGGGUUCUGCUCACCAACGACCUGACCGUCCGCGUCGCCGAGGAGGCCAUCCGCAAGCAGGUCUCCGUCAUUGUGAGCUAUCACCCCUUCAUCUUCCGAGGAAUCAAGUCCAUCGGCCUCAACGACCCGCAUCAGCGCAUCGUCCUGCGCCUGGCCCAGCACAACAUCGCCGUGUACAGCCCGCACACCGCCUCCGAUGCGGCCAUCGGCGGCGUGAACGACUGGCUUGCCAGCAUCCUCGACCAGUUCGGCGUGUCCGGGGAACGCAAGGUCGCCCAGCCCGUCAAAGGCCCCGUCCCGGUAGGUUUCGAGAACGCCGGCUACGGACGGGUUAUCGAGCUGCAAUCCGAGACGGUUCUGCGACGCAUUGUGCAGGCCUACGCCGACGCGUUGGGCAUGAAGCACGUCAUGGUAGCCCGUCCGAAGCCCCCGGCAGGCGAGACGAAUCGGAUCCGAUCGGUCGCCGUCUGCGCCGGGUCCGGCUACGACGUGCUCAAGGACACGGACGCGGACCUCAUCGUCACGGGCGAGAUGAGCCACCACAACGCGCUGCGCCUCGUGAUGCAGGGCAAGUGCGUGCUCACCGUCUUCCACAGCAACUCGGAGCGCGGAUUCCUGCGGCAGGUCCUGCGGCCGAAGCUAGAGGAGAUGCUGAGGAAAGAGGACAGGGCGGCCGAGGUGCUGGUCAGCGAGGAGGACAGGGACCCAUUUGAGAUUUGGGAGGCCCUGUAGGUCAAGGAU